ACCCGCUGAGGGUCACUUUGGUCUCCGGUGGGUCCCCCCCCCCCCACCACCCGCGGCUUCAACGCCAAAGUGUAAAGGGAGCGAGAACACAACAUGUCUUUUGAACUCUCCUAUCAAACAUUAAAAACUGCUAAUCAAGCGAGAGAAGCGGAAGAAAUUCGAACAGAAGGUCGCCGUAAGAAUCUCUUGAUUCUCAUUCUGCACCACCUAACUGAAGAAGGUUAUAUAGAUACAGCAAAUACUUUGGAACAAGAAACCAAUCUCGGAUUGCGAAAAUUUGAAGUUUGUGAUAAUAUUGAUCUGGAAACGAUCUUAAUGGAAUAUGAAAGCUACUAUUAUGUCAAGUUUCAACGGUUUCCAAAAUUAACUAAAAAAUCAGCUGAUGAUGAAAAUGCAAAAUUACAGCCCCGAAAUGGAGGGAAAAUAAAAAGGACUAUAAGCUGUACUUCUAAGAUGCUCCCUAAAAUCUCCACAACACAGCGCCCAAAUUCCAAAAUCGGAAUGAAAAAGGCUGAGUUGAAACCUCAAAAACAGGAGAAUGGAUCAUCUGCUCCCGAAACCUCAGAAUUUGGUUUGAAUGUGUCCACUAUUAAAGUUGGAGAUGGGCUUCAUCACAGACGGGGCCAGAUCAUUGACUUGCGUGGCAUCAUUCAAGAUGCAGUUAAAGAUUCGACUCAUGAAAUAGCAGUAAAUAGUUUGAAUUACAACCAAGAUCCAUCAGAGAGAUUAAUAAAGCCACUGGGUGCUUUCAUAGGAGCAACUGGUGAAAUGAGAGAUCUUGCUGUUGUUAUUAGCAGGGAUAUCUAUCUCCAUAAUCCAAAUGUGCGAUGGGAUGACAUAAUUGGGCUGGAGCCAGCCAAGCGACUAGUUAAAGAGGCUGUUGUAUACCCUAUUAAGUAUCCUCAGCUCUUUACUGGGAUUCUAUCGCCGUGGAAAGGACUGCUACUUUAUGGACCACCAGGUACCGGGAAAACAUUGCUUGCAAAGGCUGUGGCUACUGAAUGUAAUACAACCUUCUUCAACAUUUCAGCCUCUACCAUUGUCAGCAAAUGGAGAGGGGAUUCUGAGAAACUUGUCCGGGUGUUGUUUGAACUUGCUCGGUUUCAUGCUCCCUCUACCAUUUUUCUGGAUGAAUUGGAGUCGGUGAUGAGUCAGCGUGGCAGCGUCCCUGGUGGCGAACAUGAAGGAAGUCGGCGGAUGAAGACCGAACUCCUGGUCCAAAUGGAUGGCUUGGCUCGUUCUGAUGAUCUUGUCUUUGUUCUGGCAGCAUCUAAUAUGCCCUGGGAAUUGGAUCACGCAAUGCUACGGCGAUUGGAGAAACGAAUUUUAGUAGAUCUUCCUUCCAAAGAAGCACGGCAGGCAAUGAUUUCACACUGGCUGCCUCCUGUGAGUAACAGUGGUGGUGUAGAGCUUCGGACUGCACUGGAUUAUAGUGUACUAGGACAAGAAACUGAAGGCUAUUCUGGUUCUGAUCUCAAGUUAGUUUGUAAAGAGUCAGCUAUGCGACCUGUAAGAAAAAUCUUUGAUGCGUUAGAAAAUCAUCAAACAGGAAAAGGCAGUCUGCCCAUUUUUCAUCUGGAAACAAUCUCUACAAACGAUGUUCUCGAUGUGAUAAUUCAUACCAAGCCAUCCGCUAAAGGUCUUGGUCAGAAAUACACUGCCUGGCAGCAUGAAUAUGAGUCCGUAUGAACUGAAGGGUGCAAGGAACAAUUACCUACACUUGUCCAUUGUCCCUUUCAUACUAACGCUGGGCUUGUUAUGAGCACCUUCUGCGGCACUUUCAAAGUCAACUUUUCUCUUUCAAUGUUUCAUUGAAUGUUUACAAGGCUCUACUAUGCUGCAAAGUCCAAAGGGGAACACUUUCUGAAUGAUCCACCAGUGAGAACUAAAACUGAGAUCUAAAGUUGCAGUUCAGACAACAGUCAGAAAAGAACGAUUCCCAUAAGUACAGUUUGGUGACUUAAGAGUGUAUUGAUACAAUCUUCACUGUGAAGGAUUUUAUAAAAUACAGACACACCCAACUGCAAGAGAAUCACUUAAAAAACAAGUCUUUCCUGAAGAGCAGCCAAACAUCAACAUUCUUAUGUCACUACGACAAUAGGCCACUAGGAGCUGAUUUGAGAAAACUUAACAGUUUGGAUUUAUCUGGAAUUAAGGUUUGUUGAUUCUUUGAUUCAUUCACCAACCACUGUUGAUACUUGACAUACCAAAACUAAGUUGUGUCUUGCAAGGUUGAAGAUUUUGUUUGAUGUCAUUGUUCUAAAACCUGACCAUAAUUUCUAAAAUUUAAAUUACUCUCUUAAAUGUUUGGAUUUUUAAAUGCUCUGUAAAAUUAUAGUUCUGUCUGUAAAUCAUCAGAGAAUUGUACAGAUAAAUACUUUGCUGCCUUUAAAGUUUGAGUCCAACAUUAUUUUUGAAAACAUGAAACAUCUGUGGUUACCUGUUCUUUUUUUGAUAUAGUUAGUUAUGGUGACCACUCGUAGUUUUAGAAAGCCACUAGGCCAACAAAUGACAGGGCCGUCAUCCUUUAAAAUGUUGCUGGUUGUAAAGGGCUUGCUGGAAUGUGAGCAGCUGAGGACAAGGAAAUGCCAACACUACUAAUUUACAUACAGUAGUACAGGCAUAUCUUCAUCACAAGGACUGCAGUGGUUCACAUCCAGUUAAUGGUUGCAAUGCAGGCUCGAAGGGCCAAAUGGCCUCCUCCUGCAACCUAUUUUCUACGUUUUCCAAAGGUGAGCAAUGUAUAUUGGCCGUGAUAUUAAAAAAACAAGUCAAAUCAUGCCAUGUUCAAUUCAUAUUCUUGGUCCACAAGUUUAGGAUAUCCUUUCAGAAUGUUUAAAUAAUCCUUUUUGGUAUUCCUUUUAUCUAACUCAGUGUGGUGUAAGAAGUAACUGUUGUAAUGAGUAUUUGGUUUUUAUAUUUAAUAAAACAUGUACAGAAAUUUGGAUUUGAUAAUAUGUGGUAUUUUUAAGUACCUUGAUAAUCUGAAGUGUGACCACAGAGUGUGCACACAAGAGGUAUUAAUAAUCUGUCCUUUAAGACCAGGGUCAAUUUUCUUGGGCUGAGUUGGUUCACCUGUGAGGAAAAGUUGAAGAAAAUGGAUCUGUAAACCUUUUGACUGGGAAUGCUAGAUAUAUGCAGGAUGCAGGAAGACAAUUUCCAUUUGUGGGAGAAUCUGCAAACUAGGUUGGCAGUGG